AUGAAGCAACUGUCUACGGGGGAAACUUCAGACGCAUAUGACAAGUGUUUAUGCAUGGCUGCCGGAACAUCUCGCGAGAGCCUCGAGUAUUUUUGUGAUGCAGUCAUCUCUUUAUAUCAAAAGGAGUUCUUACGUAAGCCGAAAUCUAAUGACGUUGCUCUCAUCACACAUGCUCAUGAAGAAAGACACUGCAUUCCAGGAAUGCUCGGUAGUCUUGAUUGUACACACAUCGAAUGGAGGCAGUGCCCUAAACACUUAAUAGGGCAAUACACGAGGGGUGAUCAUAAGCAGUUGUCUUUGUUUCAAAACGAGCGUAAUGGAUUCACGUUAGACAGUUCAUUUACCGUAAAUGGACGACAUUACAAGCGUGGCUACUACCUUACCCAUGGAAUCUAUCCUAGAUGGGCUGCGUUUGUUAAAGCUUAUUCGCAUCUAGUGAAACAAGAUAAAAAGAAGUUUAAAAGACUACAAGAGGCUGCAUAA